AGUCAGGCGGCUGGGUGGAUCCUGAAAGGGUUAUCAUGAUCCUUCUAGAGUCAAACUGGUGGCCCUCCAGCUGUUGUGAAACUACAAGUCCCAUCAUGCCUCCACCUUUGGGAGUCAUCCUUGUAACUGUCAAUCUUGCAAUGCCUCAUGGGACUUGUAGUUUGGCAACAGCUUGAGGGUCCCCCAGUUUGACACCAUCUGUUGCAAAACUACAAGUCCCAUCAUGCCUCUGCCUUUGGGAGUCAUGCUUGUAACUGUCAAUCUUGCAAUGCCUCAUGGGACUUGUAGUUUGGCAACAGCUGGAGGGCCGCCGGUUUGGCACCCAUGCGCUAGAUGGAAGG